AUGGCAGAGGAAGACACUCCACCCCACGAUACGACAGAGUUUCGUGACUACUUCGAGAGUAUAUCUCCGUUACUCUGGGUGGAUAAUAAUGAGCGAAUUUUGUGCUCUCCCAGCGCAAAUGCCUCGCAGUUUAGACUUAUAUCUGAACCAGUAGAAGUGUUACUCUAUCCAAGAGAAGCAUUGAAACGGGCGCCUUCACCUAAUGUAGAAGACACUAGACACCAGAGACAUCAGAGGCGAGAGCGAGCACAACAAGCUGCCGUAGACUUUCCGUCCUUGGGGGGGAUGCUUUCUGCUCUACCAUCGGAAAUAGAACAGGUUAAAGCGUCAAACUACUCAUCAUCCCCUGUUGUACUGCUCAGCCAGACGUCGAUAGAUACAGAUCUGUACAAAGGCCCGCCAGUCAUCCGCAUACUAAAGCCACAGGGGAGGAAGAAGAGGAAACGCAACAAGCCAAAACCUCCACGGCCACCACCAUCCUUUUGGCGACCGAGUACUUCGAUGGGUCCGCGUGCUUCUGGGUACGCAUAUGGCUACCAAGGGAGCUGGAUGGUGGACGAUCCAUCACAAGCGACGUACAAACGUGAUAAGAUGAAGACACUGCGCAUUCAUGCCGUUGUCAGUGAUCUCAAGCCACGGAGGCGUAGCACUAAAUGA